AUGGAAAUGGUGAGACUUCUUGAUGAUCUUGGCAAAGCGGAUGCUGUUACCAUCAUUACUACCUUGAGAGACCGUGUAAAGGCCAUCCCAGGCGGCGCAGGGGAGCAAGACACGGCAGCCACCGGCCCCGGUCGUCAGGGCUCGCCAGGUUCCGCGGAGCUGAAGCUGGAUCACCCGCUGGCAUAUCCUAAUGUGGCGAAAAUGGAUCCUGAGUUGAUUGAUACUGGCCCGUACCAGGGGUUUAUUCAAGCCUUGCCACACUCACCUGUUGCCGUGCCACACAACUACAAGCUAAACGAUAGCAAAAAGGCAACACUUGUCAGCACAGCCAACCUCAGCCGCCGAACCGACCCCAAGUUCUACGUCCGAUUCGACACCCGGCCCACAAGGAAGCAGCUUUACCGUGUCUCCUGA